AUGUUCAUUGAACAAGUGGCUUCACUUCAAAUGAUCGCGAUGAGGACGAUGAUGAUUAAUUACACUCACCAUCGAGAUUGCUCAACAAGGUUAAUUGGUUGCGGUUUUAUACAAGUUACAAGCUGGUUGCAAGUUGGUUGCAAGUUGGUUGCAAGCUGGUUGCAAGUUCGUUGCAAGCUGGUUGCAAUAAUUAUCAUCAUCAUCAUCACUUGCUACAGUGAUAAGUUUGCACUGACCAUUGACCACUCCGAAAACAACGUUCUUCGAGUUGUGUGGUCGUCCACCCACCAUGCAAGCAAGGAACUCCUCCCAGAUUAG